AUGGCGACCCAUAGUGAGUCUGACUCUGUCCCACAUUUCUCAGACAUGGAUUCCCCUGGAAGCUCUGUUUCCUCUUCUUUGCAAAGAGAAUACGAAGAGCUUCUUAAGUACGCUGUUGUUACACCGAAAAUACAAGUUGUUCCAAGUGUGUACGAGCCAUGUAUUCCUUCGAAAGAUGAUACUAGCGCUGCCUUCAUUGAAACAAACGACAGCAGCUCUUCGACUUCGAAAACUACGUCGGUGUCGACUCAAAGUUCCCAACCCACAACAGAGGAAUCGCAUUUAGUCGAUAAAGAAGAAGUGAAGAAACUUCCGGGAACCCCCUCUCUCAAAGUGUCGUUUCAAGGACAGGGAUCAAUAGCUCGAGAUUCUCUGCUUCGAUCAGGUAAUUUCUAGACAUCUAUAUCAGUUACAAACAUUAACUUAUUAAGAACUUUGUGGUAAGCUACAGGGGUACGUAUGCACUUACUCUACCCUUAACUCAGAGCAUGUGUUAUCAUGAAUUCUCUUCUCAUAAAAUGAUAAAAGCUAAAAGAGGAAAUUGAAUUAAAUUCGUUUGUGCGGCGAAAAAUGUGUGCAGGUUCAGAGCUCAAUUUUUCAACUCCUACGUUUACGUUAGUUGCCUAGCUUUGCAAGCAUGAAGUGAAAACAAAAUUGCAAAGGAUGAGCGCGCACAAACCUCGCUAUAUUUCUCUUUUCAGCUGUGAAGAGAUACUGCACUAAACAAUUGAUAUUUUGGAAGCGAUGAAAAUGAAACUCGGCUAACUUCAUUACUUGCAAAUUUCUCUUUUGUGCCUUAAGAAGUACAUGCCAGAAAGGCCUUUCUGAAAAGCAAUUGUUAACUGCAUUUUAAUUACACUGUAGAGGGAGGCAUACUAACCAUUUGAGCAUAGCCCUCAACCAUUCCAUCCUUUUUUAAUUUUUCCGUCUAUAACUUCUGUAUUGGUGGUGAAGAGCAUCCUUGAAGACUUGAACAUAUGUUAUACAUAUUGUUCUUAGAAGCUGUUAACCAUGCUUAGGAAUUGGAUUGUUUUGAUUUUAGACUGAAUGAAAAUUAGUUAUAUUGAAGAAAAUAUUUAUCUAACCUGGUGACAAAUGUGUUUCUAACUGAAAAAUAUUCCUAAACAUUAUCUACAUGUAAUUUUAACAAUUGACUCAUUUAUAAAUGUUUUUCAGAAACAGAUGCUGUUUCACCAGUCAUAGCAGAAGCUGAACAUGAAUCAUCAUUAUCUCACACUGCUGAUGAGUCACCAGACUCCCCAGUGCCAUCCUCACCUGUAAUAGAUGCUGACCUGGCCAGAAUGGAGGCAUUAUUGGAUAACUGGUGUUUGGAUCUCAAGAGAAAUGUUUUGGUAUGUGACCUACAUAUCUGUACUGAUUUUAAGACUUCAAAUGUUGAAGUGAAGAUUUAUUCCUGACCAAAUCAAAUUUACAAAUUGACCAAAUGAGGAUUGAGUAAAAGUGACUUUGUGACAAUAAUUAUCAUAUUUUCUUAUCCCAGUGUAUACCCUAUGGGUGUAAGUGAGAAUGUACUUCACUCGUGUUCAUGGCCAUGUGAAAUUUUUCCUUCUCCAAACAGGCUGAAUUUGCACAGUGUAAAAUGGGGUUAUUUGAAAAACAGAAACAGCUUUUGAUGCAGGAGAAAAGGAGGUACUGUAACAGUUUUUGUAUGCAUGUAAUACAUGAUGAAAACAUCUCAGGUGCUUCAUUUUUUUCUUUGUUCCAAUCAAAAAGUUGUACUGUGGGGAAAACUCUCACAACAAAUAGACACUAUUCAAGAUAAUGAUAUCAUUUAAUAUCAUGUAAUAACAUACUAUUUAUGCAACUGUUUAAUAAAUGUUAAACUAAAUUUAAAUCUUAGAAAGUAAAAAAAUACUGCUUUAUUACCACUUCUAAUUACCAGUACUCCUAAUUACAAUGUACAAUGUACAUUGUACAGUUAGGAGACAAAGUGAAAUGAAAAUUAUUUAAGGCAGAAGAGGUUAUUUAUGUGAAUUGCAAUUUGUAGAAUGUGAGUAAUAUGAUUCUUUUAUGUCAGUAAUCAGUACUUUAGCCUAACUUCUAUCAACUGAGAUACUGCUCAGGUACAUGUUCAUGUGUUAGUCGACAAAGUUGUUCCUUUUAGGUUAAACAUUGUCUAUUCAUGGUGUAACAGAUGCCAGGCAAUGGGCAGCCUUUGCUAGUUAUUUUACACAUUUUUCCAUCCACCUCUGGAUUUAUACUGUACAAUUUUUUCAGUUUAGUAACAUGUUGUAUAUAUGGAAAAGCUCCUUAAAGGUGUUUAAAAAUCCUAUUAAAGGGGAAAAAAAGCACAAAUUCAGUACUUCUUUUUUACUUAAUUAUGCAUCUCCAUAGUGUUGUGCAAAUGUUGAAAAUCUUCAAGGCAUAUAAUGGCAUAGUCUUGUACAUGUCCCUCUCCAAUGGUUUCCACAUAGUUCAUUUUUUAAGGAAUGAUGACUAAAGCUGUCAAAAUCUGCAUCCCAGUUGACUAGACUGGAGAAAGUACCACACAUGGUGUACAUGCAUAUAGCAAAGACAUCAUGUUUUGACAAAAUGGAAAGAAGUAUGGAUGCUGAAUAUCAUGUGGAGAUUUUUGUCUGUCGUUGUUGUAGAAAAGAUGACUUGAAGGUUGAUGGAUAAUGGGCACUAACAUUGCUACAUGUACACCCAUUGUACAAUAUAAUGUUUCUAUUGUUCCCAUUCUCUUAAAUUUUCUUUAAAGUCUUGAUUAACACAAUGGAAAGAAGAAAUAGAAUGAUCCUUACGGGCAGGCAUUACAUUGAACACAUGGUAUCGAAAAUGUGACCUCUGAACACCUGGAUGGGAUAUGUAAUCUUCUUGGUGCCCAGGACAUUUGUCUGAGGGGCAGGCUGGGCCACAAUGAAACUUGACAUGCGGGAAGUGCCCUGUACAGAUAUCUUCAAUCAUGGUGAACAUUUGACUCAGUGCAUAUGAGGGUGUGAUUUCCUGUCCUUUUCUGUAAAAUGGAGAAAAACUCAAUUUUAGAAAUGGGGUACAAUUGGAUAGUGUGACAACAUAUAGUGCUGAAGCAUACAUUCAGAAAUAACAAUAGAUUUGUUUUGCCCUAUCUAUGUAAAUAAUUAAUAGUAGAUAAUUAGUGGAUGCUAGGAUUGAAAUUUGUGUUUUUAAUUACAUGACUGCAAAUGUCCAGGAAUUGGUUAUUAUACUUUAUGUUGUGUUAUCAUUUUAUCUGAUAUUCUUACUUAACAAAGAAGAUGCACUUUCAUUUACAGAACUAAAUGUGUGCUCCAACAGCAAGUCUUCCUUUUAGCUCUACUGUCUUAAUGACCAAUAAUAAUAGAGCUAAUGUUUUGCUUGUUAUUAAGAAUUGUUAUUAAUUAAUUAAUUGUUAUUAAGACUGUGAGAAGUUAUCCAAGAACAAGGUCAGUGCAACAUUACAUGUGCCAGGUGUGAAGGAUUUUGAAAAGCUGCUAGAAUUUUAUUAUACCCCUCUCACAUUGGCAAAACAUGUUUAUUUAAUCCAGUUUUAAGUGAAUGAAAUAAAAUGCUAAAGACCAGGGAGUGAUGAUAGUAGAGGACAAUCAACACUGGAUCCGUAAAUCAGUGAAAGGUUACAUUUAUUUAGGGACUAACCUGUAAGUAAAUGUCACUUCAAUCAUGUCAUCCUUCUUGAGUUGUAACACCUUGUAAGCUGUGCAAGGCCGCCACCAAAAUCUGCCAACAUCUUUACAAAUGAGUGGUUUCCCCUCAGGAAAUUCUACUUUACUGCUCCUGUGAGCACGGGACAACAGGUGUUGAAAGAGAGCCUCUGGAAGAAAUCUUUUGAAAAACACAUAGAAGACCUUGUCUGUUGGAGAAUCAUGCCACACUGGUGUGUUUACAUCUGACAUUGGCAACAGUGAAGGAACAAAGUGUGUGACAUUUUCAGCCUCAUUAAUGUUUUCCCUGUUGUGAAAUAAUGGGCAAAUGAUGUCAUACUCCUCAAGGAAGCUCUUCAUUGCUUCUUCACUUUCUUUGCUUCCUGUUUCUCUUGAAAUAAUGUUCUUGAGGAGAGAGUCAGUGAGCAUUCCAGUAUCAUGGAGCAAUUUAAAAUCCUGCCUCAAGCCACGCUGUUCCAUCUCUUCCUUCUUUUCAGGUGGUGUCACCAACUGUAUAAUGAUAUCAUUUAGUAUCUGUGGCUUCAACAAAACCCAUUCUGAGGAAUCAGCAUGGUCAAUGAAGAUGAUGAGGCCUUUCUCAUGAAAGUAUUUUAGAGUUUCCUUUGACCAGUUGCUGCAAAUAAAGUUACCAACUGAUAUGGGAAAAUCUUUCAGUGUCACACAGAACUUUGCACUCUUGUUGUUUCUCAAGUUAAUGAUUGCAUCUUGGAUUUUUAUCCAUGAAAAUGGUAUUUCACGCCCAAUAGUUGUCUUACACUCUUCAGCUGCAGCAAUUAUUACUCUCUUGAGAUUUUGAAUCCCAGUGUCAUUUUUUCCAUAAGUAUUCUCUACAGGGAAGUACAAGAGGUUGUCUUCUUCAUUCAGAACAAGCUCAUCGCUAAAGGAAUCCAAAAUAUUCUGCCGCAGGUGCUUAUCAAUUUUGUUCAAACAAAGUUUUUCCAUAUGGCCCCUGUGUGUUCCAACAAGGAAGAUGGGUGUCCUUGAUGAGGCCUUACUGCAAAUGGAUUCCAUCCAGAAUUUAAGUCUUUGGAUUUUUGCGGCCAUGUUUCCAAAAUUGUCAUCUGCAAAGUUUGUCAUGUUGAAGAGCACAAGGUAGAUGGCAUUGUCUCUCAUGAAGAUAUGAUGGUAAGCAUAGUACUCUUCAUCUCCUGAGAAGUCUAAUAUUUUUAGUUUAAGACUAGAAAAUGUAGAAUGUAGAGCCCUUCUCAACUUAUGAAAAUUCAGUGCUAUUUUUUCAAUUAAGAUAAAAGUGAAACUAGCUUGCCUUUCCCUUGUAUCCAGAGUAUCAUUGAAAAUAGAAAACACAACAUUCCAGUCACUGUACAGAGAAAGGCAGGCUGGUACUGAAAAAAUUACAGUAUACAUAUUAAGGGAACAAAACUGGAUCAAUUUUUCGAAGAAUUUUUCCCAGAUGAUGUAAAUAAGAAAGAUCAAACCAAUAUCCUGUAUGUUUACCAAAGCACAUAAAGCCCGUGUAAACUUAAGGGUAACAAGGAAAGCGAGAGGAGUCACUAUGAAAUGAAGAAUGUGACAAUACUGGAGGGUUGUCAUGUUGAUUGAUAUAUGUAACCGAAUAAUGGCACCAAAACUUAAGCCACACAUUACAGGAAUCAAAAACCAUAAGAAGCAUGGCAAAAAAGGUGGUGGAUUGUUAAACUUUGUUUGACCUGGGACAGAUGAUUCGAUCCCCAUCCAAUUACCAAGAUAAGAAUUGUAAAUAGGGGACAAAUAAAAGCUAAUAUCACAGAUCAGGAUGGUAACAAUCACAAUAUGGAGUACCCAGGUCAACAUGUUAUAAUUAAGUAUGCUUAAAUCAAAUGACGGUUCUAGAUUUUGGCAAUCGAUUUCUUUGAAGAACCCUGCUAUCACAUGUGCAGCUCCCAAUCCCACUAAAACGCGACGUAGUGCGAUUAUAAGCCAAGCGAGUCUUAAAAAUUCUGUUUGCUCAGAUUGCUGAAGCUGUAGCCAAAUUUGCAGAGAAAAUACAGCAAAUGAAUAUGCAUAGAAACUGACAGACACUGUUGCGAAAGCCAAAAGGCAUAUGAUCGAGAUUAUCCAGAAUAUACGUUUUAAAAGGAACAUGACGUGUAUCAUUAUUGACAUUGCUGAUGUCAUUUCACUGUCAAUGAUAAAUUCGACUCCAGCGGGGCCAAACAUCAAACCGUGGUACAGUACAGAUUCCCGAAAUCGGGUAAAGCUUCCAAAUUUAAGACCAUCGUCGGCGUGGAGUCUUUUCCACUUUCGGUCAACUAAACUUAUUUCCACACCUUUAGUUCCUGGUUCGUCUAAAUCAAAUGGUUGCCCUGUAAGCGAUUUUCUUAAACUUGUCUUGCCAACUCUAGCAUCUCCCAGUAUUAAACACUGGCCUUGGAAAACAUCCUGUUUGUACGAUUCUGAGCCGUUUUGUUCGCUCCUAAAACCAAGAUUUCUCAGAACUUGUUUAUAAGACUCUUGUCCGCGUCCAUCCGGCAAGCGUCUCUCAAACUGUAACUGGGACAUCACCUCAGAGGCCGUUUCCAAGGUGUGAUCGUUCGUUAGACGAAUACGUUGCAAGUCUAAGGCCAUCUUUUCACUUCUUUUUAUAAGAGAAGGGUGUUUCCAAUGAGAGACGCGGCGCACACACUUCGAUUACCCUUGAGUUGACUCCCGGAAGCUGUUCACGUGAUCAUAUCUCGCCAAAUGGCAAGGACUUUGCCGUCAUGGGCUACUGAUCAUUUUGUUUUCAAGGAGAUAGACUUGCUGAGAAUCUGUUUCUUAACUAGACGUUUUUGAGCUUUAAUGAACGUUUAUUUAUGAAAACUUUUCUACCCCACAGACACGGUAUUGAAAUGCACAAGCUGAUGAAUGAGAUGGAGAGUCAAAAAGAAUUGUUGCUGACUUAUGAACAGACCUUGACACACAAAGACUCCAUUGUUACCAACAUCACAAAUGCUAUUCACAAACAGGUUUGUUUUACAUGUUUGUCUUGGCAGUGAAUUGUCUGAUCGUGGGUCGCGAAUGGAAUAAAUGAAUAGAAUGAGCUGAAAUGAAUGAUUACAUGAGACAGUCUGCUUUGUUUGUGCAGUGAGAGCCAUCCACUGAGAAAUAAAAAUAUAGCGGCAUGUCCUUGUGUGUUUAUUUCAUAUCAUAACAGAUUUACUCGUUUAGUAACUGGUUGAUGAUAAAAUCGAAAUUAAAAUGAGCUUAAAAUUUUUUAACCACAAUACAAUUUAACUAUUUACAGUUUUUUACUUCAGGCCGAGUUUAGUUCCUCUUGUUUGUUAAGUUCUAAUGGCUAACUAAGCCACACGCCUCGAGCACCUUACACAUUGCUCAGCUGCACCAAACAAGAAGAGAUACAAGUUCUUUGUGAUUAGACUUGAAUUUUUCACCCGUGACCCGCGACAAUUAUCCCGCGGCGAUUUGCUAGUGACAAUUUAUCCACGACGAUUUGAUUCUCCCGUUUGACACCUUGUGGAAACACUCUUCCGCGACUGGGUGUAAUUUGUAAAAGUUAACAAACUUAUCUGUUUUUCCAUAGAGGGAAAGAAAUGAACUUAUGAAGGCUUUUACCUUGUGGAAAAUCAGACACUGUGAUGAAAAAAGAGAGGUUAGUUCAGGAACCUUGACAAAAUCAUGGUAGGACAGUAUUCGUAGACGUCUUUGCACGGGAUUAAAAUUUAGUAGUCUCUCUUACCUUAAACAAUAUUUAUUAUUAUAGGAAAUUAUAAUGAAACUACUGUAUCUUCUCAGUGCUAAUUAGUUCAAACCUGUAAAAGUUCCUCUUUGCACCUUAACACCUCGUAUUUUUGUGAAUUCAACGUUUAUUACCUUUCCACCUAAAUCGUCUUAUGGCACAUCACACCAUUAUUUCCUCACAAAUUUGAGUUCUGUCGAUUUUCUGACGGUCAUCAUGUUGUUUCUUCUCAGAGUUUUGCAUCCAAACUUGCCAGAAGACAUUACAAACACGCUUUAAAGUCACGUGCCUGGAGUGCAUGGCGGUCUGUUAUUGAAUCCAAGUGGAAACAACGAGUGGAAAAAGCAUGUCAGGUUAUAUGAUAUGUUUGUUAAUGUCAUUCGUAGUGACUGUCUAUUUGACUUUCAAAUGGUCCGGUAUUCAGGGAUUUUGAUUCAUCCACGAAUUACAUGUAACCUUUUUUAUUUUUUUCUGAAGGCGAAAGCUCAAGACGUGUGUGUCAAGUUGACGGAAGACUACGAAAGUCGUCUCGCAACAGUAUGUUUUAAAAUUUCUUUUUUUCUUGUAAUUUGACUGUAAACUUUAAACGCCCUCAGACGGAAGAGAGAGGUGCAAGGUUAACAAUUCAAUAAUUCCUGGUGACAGGUGACAGGUUUUAUGUUUCUGGUUUUGGUUUUCUUUCUUUUAAUUUAAAUAAUUAUGGCAAACUCCGCCAAGUUAACCCACUCCAUCAGGUUCAUUUGUGAAUUGUUCUCCUGAUCAGGCCACCCGUGAGCUGGAAAUAGCGCGGAAUGAGAUCGCUCAUCUUCAUGCCGAGAGGGAACGGUAUGAAGAAACUAUGAAAAAGGCUUUCAUGCGCGGAGUGUGUGCACUGAAUCUGGAAGCCAUGACUAUGUUCAGAGAAGGUGAGGAGGGUGGUAGACGACCUACGCCUGCAGCUACAGGAAUCAACAAAAACGGUGAGAGAAGGAAUGAACCGUUCCUCAUUUUUAUCAUUGUACUGCGUCAUAAUCAGUUGUGGAGCGCGACGUUGUAUGCUAUUAUUAAGCAUGAAAAUUUUGCGCGAAUUUGAACUUGCAGAUUGGCGAGCUUUGUUGCAUUGACACUUUUUCGCGUUUCAAGUUGCCUGAAAUCUCUGCUGGAAACACCUCUUUGCUAUAUUCUGCCGGUUCAACAGGAAGAACAAAAAGAAUGAUAGAUUGGUGUACAGGUGACAGUGAUUGGCAGUCGCGACAUAACUAACGAACAUUCAGUAAUCAUCAUGACCGAGACAAAGAGACACAUAAUGUAUAACAAAGUUUGGAUGUUACCUGCGCUGCCAUUAGUUGAAAAAGUGUGCCCUAUCAGAGUAUAGAGCAUGCUGACGACACUGUUGUUCGCUUUGGAAAUAAGGGUUGUUUUGAAAAUUGAAAGUAACGCGUGGGGAAUUUUACGGAUUGUUUAUUUUAGAACAAAUAGAGAAGCCUUGACUGUGCUCUGUUUUGUUGUAAAGCGCAUAGGACGCGGCUAGGGCAAUCAAGAGGUGGUGAGAAACACUCGACUACGUCUCGUAUUUCUCCCUACACUAGCUCUAGCCGCUUCCUGCGUGCUUUACAACAGAGCAGAGCUCAGUCAAGGCUUCUCUAUUUGUUAAUUGAUUAAUUACCCGUGUUAUAAAAUGGUGUCUCUUCUUUGCUUCGUCUCCAGAUGAAGAUAUGCCGCGUCAUCAACCACCUCUUCCAACUGUAACGACAUCUGGUCCAGCUGUCACGCAACAUCAGUUUAGUCACGUUCUCUCCAGACAGAGAACUUCAGCUGAGAGGCCUGGUCAGAUAGGAAAAACUGUUACCGUGAAAGCUGUUUGCAGAUCAGAUAUUCAGGGACAAAAAGGUGGCGCCGGUAAAAAAUUUUUACGCAUGUUUUAUCUUUUUUUUUUUUCUCUUUCCGUCGAUGUAUUUCAGAUUUUCAAAGUGAAUACUCGACCGGCAAGAUGGUCGAGUGAUUAAAGAGGAAGUGGGAGACUUCUCUGUGGACUACAGCGGGGAAGAGAGGAAAUUAGUGAAAAGAAUCCCAACACACCUAUCAUAACCAAUAUAUAUGUAUCAAAAUAUUCUUGUCCCAUGUUACUUUAUUUCAGGUUUGGUAGGUACCCAAGGGCCUGUCAGUUCAGUUUUCGUUCAGAAGCAUUCCUCAGAAUAUGGCACCUCAGGAGCCCCUCCGAGUCGUCAGCGUGCACCACCAAGUAAAGCAGCCACCACGAGAACGUCACGUGGUCCAAGCGUGCAGACAAUCCACACGACUCCUGUGAAAGUUGUACACUGAAAUCCGCGCCAGUUUAGCCCCGCCAUGUGUAGUCAUAAUCUCAACCGCUUGUUAGUAAGGACAGGUCGAUUUAAAUCAAUUAAUUUUUGUCAUUUUGUAAUAAAUCAUUUGUUUUAUUUGAUUUUGUCUUCCUUAUGAUGAACGAAAAACAAAACAAAAACAUGCAAUCACAAAAAAUGCGUUUAGCGUUCGAAGCAGGAGACUGAGAGGUCUGUUUCCAAUUGCAAGUAGAAGAAACCUCUGUAAACAAAGAUCAGGCGAAGAAAAGGUUGGAUCGUAGCCUCAAAAUUUGAGAACAUAUGCAGACGGAAAUUCGAUACACACAGGAUAUUAUCUAGUUUUGUUUUUGUUGACUGCCUGUUGAAAGUGUUAAGUAUUAUGCGAUGUUGGAUGGUUAACACCAUUCUGGAUCUUUCUGUUACUUUUUGGAAGCUCAAGUGAGACCUCAAACACCUGGAGGUCUUAAAUUUCUUUCAGGCGACUUUUAUUUUAUAAACUAGUUUUGAGUAAAAAACUAUUGGUACUGUCUUAUCAUAAAUUUUCUGGAAAAAUAAGAUUUUGAGUUUACGAGAACAUACUGACUAAAAUUUCAGUAACCAGUGAUCACAUGUCCUUUUAGAGGACUUUUUGUGUGAAACUCAGGCAGCAGGUUUGCAAGUCAGCAAAUGGAAGAUUUUGAUUAAAAAUAAACAAUCAAUUUAACGAAGGACACCAAUAUUUAACGAUCAUUUACCGAAGUUCGCCACAGAAAACUCUGUUUGAAGCAAUUUUACUCUGAUGGAACUAAUGGGCUAACGAGAUCGAAAUUGUUUUUCAUAUUAUCCUUCGCCGAGUGCUUUACCGAGGUAGCCACCUUCUUCAAACCUUACUGAAAGCACUGAUUCACACACAACUAAUAUGACCAUUUGUGCGUUAUCUAGCUGGGACCUUAACAACAGUUAUGGAAAAAAAGGGAAGAAGUAAAUGUAGUAUGCGACAUUUCACUUGAUGAGGUGAUCUGAAUUAGUGCGUGUGGAUGCUCUGACAACUGGAAACUCAGACAACAAAGUCCAAUAAAAGUGAUUAGUUGUGGCGCAGUUUUUUCAGAGACCAGAUGUGUAAAAUUGUGCAAUAAAGCGUUUAUUAGAAAAAAAAAAAGGUUCCCCGAAAAUGAUCAACCCUCUGAGUAACACAUCGAGUUCAAUUGAACUGUUUUUAGAAAUAGCCACCUCAAUUUUUCAUGAUUUGUUUGAUUUUUUUUAAAGUCUGCAUUACAUAGAUUAGUUUCAACCGCAUGUUAAACAUUUUUAAACGCCACUUGUAGACCCCUAAAUUUCUUUUAAGUCCUUCAAUUCGGAGGAAACGCCGUCAGCUGACCGCCACAUUGCCUCAAUCUCUUGUUAUCUGCCUUGGCUGAAUUUUUCACCUCGAAGCGUAAAAUUGCAUCUGGGUUCAGGCGAUAAUACAGUGCGUGAUCAUCAUUCAAAACUUUUACAAAUCCAUACUGUUUCGCGUUAACAAAUGUAGUUCUGCUCUAAGCUGGUUGUAAGAAAAACAGUUUUCGAUGAAAUCAAGUCAUUUCUGAUCCAGGAGUUAAAGGUGCGAGAAAAUUUGCGACAUAUGUAACAAAUAACGUAAUUUUCGCGGGCUUUGAUCAUUACCUCAUACAAAGCAACCAAUCGGUAAAGCGUACCUGCUAAAAUACGGGCUGGUACCAUGAAUAUUGGAUAUCGUGUUUAUUUUAGCUUUAGGCGGACCAAUCAGAGUGUACAGUGUGAUAUCGCUGGUAUUUGGAGAGAAAGGAAAAUUUCAUGUCCGGAACUUGAAUGUAGAGCGAGGGAAAUUUGGGAGAAAAAUUUUCCCAAAGUAUUAUGAAGAUCGUAUCACUGGUUUUGAUCUUCGGAUUGUUUGCAGUGGGGUUUUCACGGCCUUCCGAAAGUAAGUUAACCUCAUCCCUACCGUAGUUUGAGUACGAUCACUACAUCGAGCAGAGUGAUCUAUAUUACAACCUGGGAUUGCUGGUGUCUUCUGUGAUCUGGGAAGGUCUCGUGUGUAAGCCUCUACUCACUGGCUUAGUCGUACCUUAUCUAAACCUAAGAUCUAGCUGAGCUAAGCUCCGAGAGUUGUUUUAACUUUCCUUGGUUCCAAAAUCGUGGGCAGUGAUAUGCUUUAACAAGUUAAUGUUUAAGAAAUGUUGACACUCCACAGUAACAGCCACCCGUUAACUUUUUACCUUGCUCAAGCCUUCUCUGAAUGAAUCUUUAUUUCACAAAACUAUUUUCCAAGUGUUACGAAUGCGUUUGAAACUUUGUUCCAUAAUCGUCCUUUAUCACUUAAGUUCCUAAUUCUCCAGUGGAUCUAUAAAUUAACUAUUACAAUUUUUUUAAAAAAAACUAUAUCGCUUUGCUUAUUGAAAACCACCGAUUCUUGCUGAUUGAAAACUGAAACUGAACUGACGGAUAGCAAAAAGCCUGUCUCCUUUUUUUCAUUACUUCAUGUGUAGAACAGCAUUUGCGGAAAUUAAUCCAGCCGGAUUUUGAUCUUUUGUAUGUUUUUCAGACUACAACUUGUCACUAACUUUCAACGUGAUAUCAUUCAAGCGACGCAAAACACAAUCAACCGAGUCAGAGUUUUACACGGUUUAUACCUUCUGUGAUUUCCAGUAUCGCAAGAACAACAUUUUCAUUCAUCCAUGAAAUUUCUGAAUUAAAAGUUUCAUCAGAAACGGAAAGUUAAUACUAUGUCACUUUGAUAUACGCUAAUAAUGAUCUUCUGAGGCGUUCACCACACCCAAAAAUUGUAUUUUUAGACAACCCUAACCACCUUGCUAAUUCAAAGCUCUCUAAAUACAAAAUGUAGAAUCAAAAUCUAGGACCUUUAGGAGGAUAGGUUUUUUUUUGGGUUGUAUUGAAUUCUACCCUGAGUUUUACUAAGUGUACAAUUCCUAUGACUUUUGAAAGGAAAUAACAACCUUUCCGUGGCCUAUUGACAGAAUUUAAGGACCUUAAUUUCAUCAUAAAAUCAUGUCUAGCCACCACAACCGUAGGUGAGGAAAAAUGGUUGGUUUUGACCAAAUUUAGAACGCAUUCAGCCGCAAAAAUUAGAAGUUUGUCUUAAUUUAUUUUUAAGCAUAUUCUGUCAAAAGGGCCAUUUACAUCAACCAACAAACUCUCAAAUUGAUGUUUUUCGGGCGCUAAAGGAAACACGAAUAAUUAUCAAAUAUUAGGUUUCUUAUGAAUCUCAGGAGGAAAGAAAUGAGACGAAACAAAAAUAAAUAUAUGUAUAAAUAUCUUUAAAGCUCAAAGUUCGCUUUUACCAUAUAUCUUGUGAGAAGGAAGUGGAGAAAUGAUCUGAAAACAUCAUGUUAGAAACACAAACAUAUGUAUAUCUUAUUUGUUUGUGUAGAAAAAGUCAAAGCUGCGGAAAUAGUGGAUGAGUCUGAUAGAGAACUUAUCCGAGUUGCCAGGGGAGAUGUAGAGGAUGAGGAACCUAAACAGAAAGCUCACCUCGAAAAGAAGAGAUCCACUGAAGGUAAGUUUAACGUGAAAACAACACUGUCAUGCACCAGUUUAAGAAAGGUAACUGUUUUUUUUCUUCUUUGCUCAGAGAUCAAACGGAAUAAAAGAGCCGCAGAGGAAGGUAAGUUUGUAAGUUUGUAGGUGUCUUCGUUGAUUUUUUUCUCAUAGGGAUUUUUCAGUCCCCAUCAAACUAAGGGUGGUUUAUUGAAUUGAUGAACAUACAUAGACAUUGGAACAACUUGGUCCUUAUUGUCUUGGCACACCUGCAUAUUAUUGUUCAAAUGGGCCCGCUGGAGUAGCUAAUCAGAAAACAGGAUUUGCCUUCAUAUUACCUACGAGCGCAGCCAGCGAUUUAUUAAAUUGAGUUCUGACGCCAUGAGACAGUGCAGAGCACCAUCAGUUGAGUGUAGAGGUAAAUCUCCGGCUCCACCAGAUCCGUUGAAAAGCAAACAAAGGCUUUAAAUUCAGAGGGUAAAACUUUUCAUACACACAAUUUCGUUUAGGUUAUAUCAUGUUAUAAUUUCCCUACAGACGCUUUCUUUCAAGCUCUUCUGACGCGAGCGGCAGACAAGAAAACAGGUGAAUAACUGGAUUUUAUUCAGUUCUCUUUAUAAGCUCUCAAUAUUUGCACCGUACCUGUAAAAUUUUAUAAUUUUCCGUCUUUCCUUUUUAGAAAAAAAGAGGUCUUUUGAUGAUGGUGCUGACAACACAGGUACAAACUUUCAUCCAUUCUUUUACAGCCAAUGGGUUGUCCACGUUUAUUUUUUCAAAAUAAAUUGAAGAAAGCUAAGCGAGGGGAAAAUUUUACAUCAGACUGAACUGUGAAAAGAUUCGACAAGGUUGCACGCGAAGAUUUAGUAAGCUUACCCAAAGACUCUUUGGGUAAGCUAACGGACGGAGACCGGAAAUUGCAAAUUUAUCUGGGACACGUAUAUGCAAGAAAGUCCUAUCCAAAAUGAGUACCAUACCUCAGGGAAAAUAACUCUCUACUUCCGACCGCCAGCCUCGUCUCCAAAACGUGUUUGCUUUGGUUCCCUGUUGAGUCCAGUACAGAAGUCGUAUUCUUGAAUUAACGGUAUUUAUACACAUCGCUUGUGUUUGUUAGACGUCAUACAGAUGCAACACAGCAUAGCUUACUGAAGACUAUUUUUAUCCUCCUACCACUUAUUUAUUUAUUUGUAUGUUGUUGCUGUUGUUUCACUAGGAUAUAUAAUCCGAGAUGAUUGGAAGGGAGACUCAAAAAUUUCAGAUGCUGAUAGGCAGGGUAAGUUCUCUUGAUUAAAUCAAGGAACACAGAGGAAACAGAAGAGUAAAAAUACUUUUAACUGAUAUAUUUUCAGAGCUUGAGAGUCUUUUUAAUGCCAUUAACUCUCCUGAGGAUGAAGGAGAGGAAAAAGUUGAAGAAACAAGAAGUAUAAAGCCGGUGAGAAAUUUGGUUUAGAUUUUUAACAUUUGGGGUAUUUUCAUAAGCUUCUAGACAAGAAAACUGUUUUUCCCUCCCUUGUACUCUUUCUUUCUUUCGUUUGUUUACUUCUAUUUGUAUCGUUCAACCAAAAUUAACCUAUUUUCAAUUAAACUUUUUGAAAAUUUUUACCAUGUUUUUAGGGUCUAGAAGGAAAGAUCCAACAGUUCAUUGAAUGGCUUAUGAGUCAGCCGGUGAGUGGAAAUCAUAUGCAGCAGGUUUAACUUUGAUGGUAUUGCUAUCAGAAAUGCUUCCUUAUCUUCAUCAGACCAACUCCAUGCAUUCUGAUUUGAUUUUCAGCCUGACAAGUUUACCAAGUCCUUAUCGCACAUUCUUGAUGUAGAGCAGUCUUUGACAAAGAUGUUCUAUGACGGUAGGUUGCACAGAUCCUUAAACUGUGACCAGAUUUCUUUACGGGGGACGCUUUUUUUAUAGUUUAAGGCAACAGACUGUGGGCACUGAGCCGUGCGCGUGCGGGAAUGUUUUCUUUUAUACCUCCUCACCUCUCAAUCUGCAAUAUACAGUCCACUGCCAAUUUCUGGGCCGAAAACAACAACAACAACAAUGGAGGAACGACAAAUCAUAACUCAACAGGCUGAUAACAUAAAAAUAUUGAGGAUCUGGCAAUUAUGACUCAUUUGAAGUAACCAGUACUAUGUUUGGAGUCUUGGUAUUUAGCUAACCAACGAAUCAAUAAAAACACUUCUGCCUGCUUAGGUCACACAAUGCAGUUUGCUAAUUAUGCAUGUGGUAAGUCCAGCAGUGGACAUCAAACGACCGACCCAAAAAGGCUACAGUAUCAUGUAGAUGGCAAGGAAAGUGAACCGUCCUAACUAAGAUAUCUAGGAUUAAUUGAAUAAUUAACACCCCAAAUGAUUGAAUGUUUACAAAUAGAGCUUUUGCUGAAGGAGAACUCCGGUAAAGCCAACCGGCUUCAACUCUGCUCUCUGAUUAUUACUGAGUUUAGGUCCGCCACAACAACAGCAGCAGGCAGACCAACAGCAGCAGCAAGGUCAGCAGCAAGGACAGCAGCAAAGACAGCAGCAAGGUCAGCAGCCGCAGCAGCAACUGCAGCAACAAGAUCCAGCCGGUAAGCAGGCCCGUUUUAUUCCCAAAACGCUUACAUUAAUGGUUUGAAAAAGUACAAGGAUUGAUGGCUUCAUUGAUGCAAGGAAUAUUGUUUGUCCCACGGUUUAAAAUAUUUGCAACAACAAACGCGAAAUAACGUUUCAAAUAACGCUCUGAAUACCCAAGACUUGAAUUUCUUUGGGCUAUAUACCUUUUUUAUAUCUUUGAAAGUUUACUUCAGCUCUAAUAAAAAUGAUGAUGAAAAAAUAAUGAAUAAAUGGACGAAAAUUACAAAUCAAUAAAAAGAUAGGUGAAUUUAUGAUUAGUUAGAUACAUAAGUUAAUUUUUUUCGUCUUAAGUAUCUAUCUCUGUCGGUUAAAAUCCACGAGCCUCUUAGCUUUUCUAAGAUAACUGUUAAUGAUAUUUUUUCCACUAUUUCUGCAAAUACAGCAAACAGCAACAAGAACUGCAAGAGUAAGUGCUUUACUCUACAGCUGGGUAAUACUGAGUGUAAGAUCAUCUGUGACCCCCCAUCCAUUGAACAGCCGACACAAUCACCUUAUGGACUCUAUCCACAACAGUACGGUCAGCAGUAUCCUUAUGGAGCGCAAAUGCCAUCACCCUGUGUCCCCCCAGCCUGUCAGCCCAGUCAGUACCCCGGUUACAUGUCACCUCAGCCAUAUCCCGCCGCUGGAGCCUAUCCCCCUGCGGCUGCAGGCACUUCCCCUGUUCAGGAGGGUUGCGUGGGACGGUCAUGUGACAAAAAGGAGCCACAGUCUGAUAAACCGGCUGAAGAAAAAAAAGAGAAACAAGAUAAACCGGCUCCUCCUGCUCCAAAGCCUGCCAAAGCUCCGUCUCCAUACACUUUCCAGGUUCGAUGAGGUUUUCCUUAGAUGGGUAUAUUUUCCAUGCUUUCCGCGUGACGAAAAGUAAUAAAACGGUCCAAUUACAAAAACUACUUUAUAAAAAAACAAGUAAUUGUUAGAGAAUGGCUAUAGAGUUUGACAAAGCAAUUUUUUACUGCUGUCGGGCAUAUUUUCAAACGUAUUUUUAGCAUUUGGCUCGUGUUCUUAAGACUUGGACAAUAUCUAGUUUAAACCUUCACUUACUAACUUGCAAUAAUCCCUUUAGACUCCCGGCGCAACUGUCGUGAUGGAUCCGAUCAGUAUCAGUCAGCAGCCGGAACCUCAGAUACCAGUUGCUCCAAUGAUCCCGGGUCAGAUCCCGAUGGCGAUGCCUCAGCUUCAGCAGCCUCAACCGUACGCUGUUCCCCAGGCCUCCCCUCAGGUUCCUUAUUCCAUUUCCAUAUCAGGAGUAGCUGCACCGCCAGCACCAGCCCAGCCUCAGGGUGCCGCACUUGCACAGCACUUCAAGCCUAUGCCUAAUAACUGCCAGGAUUAUAGCGAGCCAAGAUGUCGCGUAUUCCUUGAUUGGCCCACAGGUAUUAAUUGUCGUAAUGAUUACAUGAUGUUCUUACCAUUCAUUCAAGACGAAGAUGAGUUAAACAAUUUUUAGAAUUUUUCUAUUUUCAGCAAACAAUCUAACCUUUUUACAACAAAUUCAAACAAUAGGUCCGCACUGCGUACAUGUGUUUAGCACAAAUUAAAAUCAAAGUAAAAAUGCUUACAGCUUUACUGCACUGUCAGUCUAUUUGGAAGGUAUGCUGAAUAGCUGUAAAUGGGUGCAUAGGUGUACCAACGUGUAGUAAUUUUCAAGGAAUUUUUUGGAUAAACUAUGUUGACUACGAGUUCCGAUUUUUCUGAGUAAAUCGAUCCACGGGAGGGUUUCUCAACUAAUCAGAAGCAAUACUAAAACAAAUUAUGACUACCGAGGAACAGCAUUUUGCAAAUAUCUACGUAAUAUCGAGUAAAAUUUAAUACGAAAUCAGUUUUUGGAAUUAUGGGAACGAAAAAAAAAGGUUUCAACACAAGGAUUUCCGUAAAAUAUUUACAUCUGUAAAACAAAGAUAUACGCAACGCAGGUACAAGUCGCGACGACAUUCUGAUGAUAUUUGGGGCGUUACCAUAUUAGACAUACAAAAUGACAUGGAAACCAAACGAACAUAGAGUUUUUAAUUAAAAUAAAAGGAAAAUAUAAAUAAUGCAGAGUUUUUAGUGGCUGAAGGGUGGAUCCUCGUGCAAGAAAUAAAGUCAUAAAAUCUGUUAACCCAUACACUGGCCGUAUACCGCUGACCACCUGUCAAUUAAAAGAAACGUGACGAUGAACAAAGUACAAAAGGUCAAUUACAGAGGUGAAAUGUGAGCGCGUAAGAUCGGAAGUCUCUUCUGUAUCAAUAACUUAGAAAAGAAUUGUUUACUCUCCGAAGUAAACCUGCUUCGCCACCUCAGGCCCUUCUUAAGACACGACAAUCUGCAAAACGCAUGGUUUCCUACGUCGAUAAGCUGUCUCGUAACGUUUGCUUUUUCGAAUUCAAUUGAUGCCGAAUAUCCCUCUGUUUGCUCAAGGAGUUUGGCUCACCAAAUAGGAUUUUUCCGACUUAUCACGACAGAUCUUACGACAAGAUAUUGAUGUAAUUACGGCACGUCACUGGUUAGGCAGUUUUGUCUUAUUUGUGUUACGCGAUGGUCGCCUACAUCAUGUAGCCUGCCACGUACGGUAAACUUCACAGAAACCAUAACAGCAAUUGGCCAUUUUUUUUCCUAUGUGAAGCACUUACGCAAUCUCUUACCGCUGUUGCACAGCGUCUAGUUGCUACGCACAAGACACAAAAAAAUACUGACUCUGCGAGACAAAGUUAUCGGAAAAAAAAGUUUCUCGUCCAUAACUUGAGCUGUUUUUGUGUUUGUAUCGAUCAAUCAUAUCGUAUACAUGUUUUGAUUUUGAGGUCAUUUUUACUAGAGAAAAAAAAAACGGAAAAGAGUUAGCUUUCCUAAUUGUGUACGUAUUUGUUGAAUUUCCACAGAUGAGCGUAAUGAAAUCAAAGCUUCACUGAGAUUCAAACAGAACUGGCAUAAUGAUUACAAGCGUUCAUCUUCAACAAAGUACAAGAUCUUUGCUGCUGAGGUGGAGAAAGCGGUAAGCUCUAUCAUAACAUGUUUUAUGUUUCUCUUUUGCAUAAAUUCGGCCAUAUAAACAUUAUUUUUAUCUUGCAUGGAUUGUCCCCCACGGGACAGACUGAAGACUGAAGACAUGCAUUAGCUAACUAUUCCUCGCUAGGAACUCAGGAACUAUUACUCCAAGAGUCAGUUUCACCAAGUUAUCUUUGGGAUCGUGAAAGCUACCAUUUUGUUAUCUCUCUGUCAGUGUGGAGGUUUCAGCGUGAGGUUUCAGCGCUGUUUUCUGUAUGUGGCACAACGAAAACAAACCUAUAUAUUUGCUUAUUACUUCAUAGCAAGAUACGUUUUGUGUUCUUUUUGGCAUCACAGAUAAAAGACGUUUACACCCAAGACAAGAAUUUUAGACAAGUAAAAGUUACUAGCUUUAGGUAAGAUCUUGAAUGUUAUGAAUGUUAUUGAUACGAGAUGUUCGAAGAGGACUAAACUUACUCUCGUGUUUAUCCACAGCGAGGAAGACAUGAAGGUUGCAGCCAACUUCCUUCUUGAGUUUGCUCAGCCAGAAUACAGCGCAUUGAGAUAUCUUUCACGCGCUAUCUCCGAAAACUACCUGCAAAGCAUGCCGGUAUUCAAGCAUACGUUGCUGAGGGAAGGUAAAUGCAGUAGAAGAUAACCUUGAAAGUUAUGUAAAUCAUCUUGUGACUAGAAAGUUGUUUCCCACAGUGAAAGUUUGGUUCAAGUUCACUUUUUAUCAUUGGAGCUCUACUUUCACGCGUGGUCUUUAAGCGUAAUAAAACCAAUCAGUAUUUCCCUCUGGAUGUACAAGAUUCCUAAUUAUGAAAAUAGAAAAGGUCAAAUUGUGGGCAUGUAUAUUGUACAAUUUGGCAAAAAUCUACCUCCAAUUUUAAGUUUCUGAUUCACCUUAUCCGGGAGUAAUUCUAUUUUAUUUGAUUCCUAAUUAAUUUUGGUAGUUAUUCUAUUUUUCUCUGAUAUUUUCUUCCUUUUCCACACAGGCAUUGCACAUCACCACCGAUCAAUUGUAGCCACUCAAAAGGAGCUGGAUGCUGUUCCUAAAGUCAAAGUUGUGAGCAGCCAUAAACAAGAAGAUGAAAUUUUGACAACUUUGUCCAGCGGUUCGUUUCCACGAUUCUCUUUUCUGAAUGCUUAUUUCAUUGACCUAUCUUUUUCAUUUGUUUGUUUGCUUGCACAUCGUGUGUAAAAUGUUCACUAAGCUUACUGGAAGUUUUUUUUCUUUUCAUCUUUGAUUUUUUCCAGUUUCCUAACCAGUAAUAAAUGAUACAAUAGGGUUUAUGUUCGCGGGCAUAAAUAUGUUUUGGGUCCGACUCUCAGUCAUUUUAGCGGUGAGGGUUAAAAUGACUCUAAGGAGGGCCCAAAAAAUAUUUAUGCUGGAGAACAUAAAACUUUGUUGAUAUACUAUAACUCUAAAAUGCACUGAGACAUUAAAAACUGACAAAAAUUACAGCAAACAGUUUCCCAGUCUUAACAAUCACAAGAACGAGCAAGCGGGCUAAAACGCCAGAAUCUCCUUUUUUAACCCGCAAAAUGCGGCACAAUGCCUUACAAAGUGGUGAUACCUUUCAUUAACUUUGUUAUAUCUCUAAUUAUUCUCUAUAGCCUACCAGGGAUGCUACAAAGAUAAAAAACCUAAUCGUGAUUUAAGAAAACAGUUCACAAAGUAUGAAAUGACACCUGAGUGGUGUGUUGGCAAGUGUAAGCUGGCCGGAUACAAAUAUGCAGGGCUGCAGUAUGGAUAUCUGUGCUUCUGUGGCGAUAGGUUUGGCACCUACGGCAAGGUUGAUGACGCUGAAUGCGAUAGUUUAUGUUUUGGUGAUAAGACAAGAUAUUGUGGAGCUUUCUGGCAUAAUUCUAUCUUUUCUGUAGGUAAGUCAUCGACAAGGAAUGAAAAAGUCUUAUCAUGCUCAAUAACACAGAAUAAAUUUCCCAUUCAAACAUGCAAUAUGAAUUCCGGAAAAAGAAAAAUAAAUGCAACAAACAUUCCUAAAAAGAAUUUUCCACACAGUAAUAUCCUCUGAUCCUUUUUUUUCUUUGACCAAGAUCGCGAAAAGCAUGAACCACCUGCGAAAGACGAGCCAGAAGAGCAAGAAGACAGUGGAUCAGGAGAAUCUGUGGAAGAGCCAGAAGACAAAUAUGGUUGGUGUUCAAGUCUGAAUUUUAAUUAGCUUAUUUCAUCAUCAUUAUUUGCAUUUCAGACCUUUAUCUUUUUUAGAUGCGUAGUGACCGAAAUGGGAUUAACUCGCUCGGAUCUUUAUAUUAUUAUUAUUAUUAUUAUUAUUAUUAUUAUUAUUAUUAUUAUAAGACCCUUUUAUGCAAAUUACACAAUAAACUCUUCAACUAAACCAUUGUUGUUUUACUUUCUCAUCCAGCUCAAUAAUGUAAUGUAAAUAAUGUAAUGAAAGGAACACUUCACGAGUCAUGACAUGAAACACUUCACAUGGCUGACAAACACACUAACACUAACAUUAGUGCUCUCACUCGUAUUCUUUGACGCAGUAACCAUUUUAUGGUAAAUACUUGGUUCCCUUAGCAAAUAUUCAGGAAGGUAUUACCGGUAUUUAUUUGUAAUAACGUCAAGUUGAUUUUAUUUUACUUUCAUACUUAUCACCUGAUAUAACCAAGUACCAGAGCACAGUAAGUAUUUUUAAUUGUUCGUAUAUAUAAGCCACAGAUGCUUUUUCAUGGUAUUUCAUAUAAAGAACAACUGUUUCUUCGUUUUAAAACUCUUGAUGAAACUUCACAAAGCCUUGCCUUUCCGGAAACAAUGAUUUUCAAACCACACCCCUUAAGUUCCUGCCUUUAACAUUUUGCCUUUUUAUCUCUUCAUAGCUGAAGUUGCCAAUCAUCUUAUGAAAGGUAAGGGUUAUCCUAGUUUUAAAGUGACCUUCAUCGUGAUCAUGUGAUGCUUAUACCUAAGAUUUGCAUAAGAUAUUGUCAUUUUUAAAACUAUUUAUUUUUCUGCAUUUCUUUUAGCCGCGGAAGCUGCCCUGAAAGGUGAGUAUAUCUGUAAGGAGCUAUCAGAUAAAGGCAUAAAAAUUCAGAUUGUGUACUUGUAUAAUCAGCCCGGACAUUAAAUACAGCCCGAGUUACUAUUUUUUUUUUUAAUUUAACGUCGAAGACGUGGGAAGUGUUUGCACAAUCUUCCGAGCCAGAGGCUCAUGUUAAAAACUCUCGACAAACUAAAAUAUAUAUAUAUAUAUAUAUAUUAACUAGCCCAAGAGUAUGUCAAAAUGUAAAAAUAUAUAAAAUUAUAUACAGUUCAUACAUUGGUAUCCUGUGAAAUUAACAUUAUUCAGGCGAGCACGAGAUUGUGCUUGAGUGGUCGAGGAUUUGGUCACAACUGGUAACUGAUUCCACAUGUUUGCAAUCAUGUACAAAUAGGAGUUGUGCAUGAUAAGGUUGUUUGCCAGCCUUGUAAUAAUCACCAACAAUAACAGAUGAAAAGAGCAGAGAAGAAGAGAAGACAAGUGAUAAAGCGCGGAAGUUGAGGAAGACACGUCUGAAUAAAAUGAUGCACCUGAGGUUUUUAAAUAGUUACAUAUUUUAGAGAGUGGUUUACUUCUGUCUUUCAAUCCAAAAUCUCUCUAUCUGUAUUUGGAGCUAAGUAAAUCCGUUUCAGAAAUUGUAGACGCAAAUUCUGCGGGUAACUGGACCAUUUUCCCUCGGAUUUUUCCCGGCCACUGUAAAUAGCCUGUAAAAACUCGUUCAUAAUAUAUUUUUUAUUCUAAUUUUUCAGCUGCCAAGAAAUUGUUACCACGUGAGUAUUGUCUUCAAAUCUUAAAAUGUGAUAAACGAUAUGUUCUCAAUUUGACCACGAUCAAGCAUGGGUCGAACUUGGUGAGUUAGGGGAUCGAGUAAAAAUUUAUAUUGAAGAAAGUUUUAAUAAGAAAUAACAUAAAUGUAAAAUUGACAAAUCACCGCCUUUCCCGUCUAGAUGCUGAUCAUGGCAAAUCCAAACGCGCACCAGAUGAAGAAUUUCAGCAGCAAAGUGAAGACGCACUCUACUCACUCAGUGGUAAGUACAGUAAACAAUUACCACACUUUCUAACCAUUUGAAAGUGUACAGCGUUUAACGAACUCAAUUUUUCUUCUUUUCGACAGAGGCUGAGAAAUUGAUGGAAUCAAAGGAUGCGUCCCUUCAAUCAACGACUAAAGAGAAACGAGACGCAGAGGGAGAUGGUCGGGAUCUUUUGGUGGCUUAUCUGAGCGACGUGGGGGGCUACGACAGAAAUUAUCGUGAUGUUGGAGAUGAGGACGAAAAUAGUUCGUUAGGUAGAAAUGCAAACAUAAGCAAACCCCCCCACCCAAAAAAAAAAAAAAAAAAAAAAAAAAAGCACGAGCGAUAAUGUCUUGAUAAGAGGUGGCUGAAUUACGAAAUGAAUUAGAAGGGAGGUAAAGUCCAGUCGCAGAAUGGAAUGCACGCCACGGCGUUGAUAGAGCAACGCAUUUGAUUCUUUUUUUUUGGCAAAAAGUCACGAUCAAUUGAAAAACGUUGAGCCAUUUCCAUUAACAACAUGAUGUACAAUCUUUGACUGUACCUUACCAUUCUUUUUGUUCAGGAAAAUAGAUAUAUAAACUGUAAUCAAUAUGGCGGACGGUCACGUUUUUAGAGCUCUUAGAUGCUGGAUCAUUCUGCUUUAUUUCUACGUUUGUUUCUCUGGUGCACUCCUUCCCAAGGCUAAUCCUGACCUCGAUAUAUCUGGUGAUACUCUUCUCUUCAUUUCUCACGGUCUGACGACAGUGAGAAUUCAACCUUUUAACCAUCGGUCACCGAGCUCGCAACAUGCAAAGAAUCUCCAGUUGCCGAAUUCAAGACUUCUACUCCUUGGAUGCCGUUUUGCGAUUAAUUCCUCUCUUUCCUUACUACUCAUUCGUCUCGCAAAUGAUGUUGAACUUCAACCUGGUCCUGUUGGCUCCUCUAGUUCACAUGACAUCCUGUCUGAUCUUCGGGAUUUGUCAACGAAAAAUGGGCUUACAAUUAUUCAUCAAAAUAUCAGAGGCCUCGUGGCGAACAGGGAUAGUCUAUGCCAAAUGAUCGAUGAUUCCAAGCAUAUAGACAUCAUAUCCCUCAGUGAGACUCAUCUAUCGGACAGUGAAGAGGCUCAAGUUCAACUGGAUGGCUAUACGUUCAUUAAUAGACCAAGGAAAACAGGCAAAGGUGGAGGUGUGGGAGUUUAUAUCUCCUCUUCUGUCCCCUUUCAUAGAAGACUAGACCUGGAACGCGAUGGGAUCGAAUGUAUCUGGAUAGAAAUUUUAUUUCCAAAAUCUAAGGGUAUCCUUAUUGGUUUUAUUUAUCGCCCCCGAGUUCUUCAAAGCAUCUUUGUGCAGAUUUUGAAAAUAAACUGGAGUCGAUGCUUUCUGCUGUAUCAUCUGAAAACAAAGAAUGCAUUUUGACAGGCGAUAUCAACUGCAACUAUUUGGUAAGCUCAGACAACAAAGAACUGAAGGCAAUGCUAUUGUCUUUUGGCCUUAAACAGCUAAUCAAGGAUCCCACGAGGGUAACGCAAGAUUCAAAAACACUGAUAGAUGUGAUUUACACAAAUCGCCCUCAGAAUGUUUAUAGUGUUAAAGUCAUUCCCGCCGGCUUAAGUGACCAUGAUAUGAUUGGUUGUGUCCGGAAGCUGCAUAACCAUAAAUUCCAGCCAAGAACCAUCACCUGUCGAAACUAUGCUAAUUAUGAUCCUAUAUCCUUUUGCAAUGAUUUACGGUCCAAUAGUUUCACACCUGUCUUUAAAUCCUCCUGCGUUAAUGAAGCAUGGUCUUUUUGAAAGCCAUUCUGAAAGAAUGUAUUGAUAAGCAUGCGCCAGCUAUAAAGAAGAGGAUCAAAGGAAACUCAGCCCAUGGCUUACACAGAAGGUAAAGCAAGAAAUGAAUACCAAAGAUCAGCUUUUGAGAAAAGCGAGAAAGACAAAUCGUGAAAUUGACUGGUCUUCGUACAAGCGCCAACGAAACAAAGUUAACGGUAUGGUAAAAAUUGCAAAAGCAGGUAUCACCGUGAACUCUUAGAGGAGACUGUGGGUUCACCUAACAAAUUUUGGUCAGCUAUUAAAAAACUAUACCCUACAAAGUCUACAAAGGAACCAGGAGCAGCUUUUCUCGUUAAUGAAGCAGUAGAAACCGACAAAGAGGUUAUUGCAAAUUUGUUCUGCAAAUUCUUCACUGAUGUUGCGCGAUCUCUAAAAAGAAAGAUCUUCCCUCUUUGCAAUUUUGUCUGGAAAAGGCCCCUUACAAUAGACACCCAGCAGCCGCUAGAGAACUUUGAGUUUAGAUCAGUCUCGGAAAAGGUUGUCUUUAAUGCAUUAAAGAGCCUUAAGAGAAAUAAGUCCUCUGGCCUUGACAACUUUCCUUCUGGAAUGUUAAAGGACUCUGCUGAUAUAAUAGCCAAGCCUCUCACGCAUAUAAUUAACCUGUCUCUCGCAACAGGGUCUGUACCUACUGACUGGAAAGCGGCUAAAAUUGUACCACUUUUUAAAUCUGGUUCAAUGGCCGAAAUCGACAAUUAUAGGCCUAUUUCAAUACUUCCCUCAAUGUCAAAGAUCCUGGAGAAAGUGGUAUUUAAGCAGCUGAUGGCUCAUUUUGAACAGAAUGGUCUACUUUCUCAUUUUCAGUACGGCUUCCGUCGCAUGCGCUCUACUGAACUGGCCGUUACUCAUCUUACCGAUGUUAUCAGAAGAGAAGGUGAGAAUGGUAACCUGACAGGCUGUGUUUUCAUCGAUCUAUCCAAGGCGUUUGACACCAUCAGUCACUCUGGCCUCCUGAGCAAGCUUUUCAACUUACGGAGUUCGUGGAACAGAACUCGCAUGGUUCACUGAUUACCUUUUCUGCAGAUCACAAGUUGUCCAAUAUAAAGGCGUGCUAUCAGAACCUCAACCCAUUCUCACAGGUGUUCCUCAGGGAAGUAUCCUGGGUCCUAUCUUAUUCAUUAUCUUUUUCAACGAUGUACAUAAACCGCUUCAACACUCGAAGAUUAUCACUUAUGCCGACGAUUCAGUCAUCUAUACCUCUUCUAAAGAUAUUGAUACUAUACAGAGAAGCCUUAGCGAGGAUAUGAAUAACCUGUGCGAGUGGUUUAAAGACAACGAACUGAUCAUUAACCUAAAAAAAGGACAAGACGGAGUCUAUGUUAUUUGGAACAGCUAAAAGAAUCAACCUUCAAGACAAGGAACUUAAACUUUCUGCUAAUGGGUCACUCAUCAAUAAUACCUCUACCUAUAAGUACUUAGGUGUUCACCUUGACUCAUCACUAAACCUCGCAUCACAUUUUGACCGAAUCUAUAAAAAGCUGCAACCAGAAUCAAUCUCUUGCGAUCAAUUCGUCCUUUGAUCGACCAAAAGUGUGCAGAAUCGAUCUAUAACACUAUGAUCGCACCUAUCUUUACCUAUUGCGGAACACUUGGUCUUAGCUUUCCGGAUUACCGAAAGGAAAUGAUAAAGAACAUCGAACGACGAGGCUUUAAAGUUAUCGGCAAUAGUUCUUUUAAUCCCCAUCCGUGAACAAUUUGAUCAAGCGUAAAAGCUGUCUGUUUGUUUUCGACUGUCUCCUGAAUAAUGUUUGCACACCCUUUAAGAACUACUUCGAAAGGCUGGUUCAUUCUAAGGCCACUAGGAAUAACGGUAUAUCAGUGAAAUUACCCAAAGUUCGUUUAGAAUUUGGUAAAAAAGAGCUUCUAUUACCAAGGAGCAAAGACUUUCAACAACCUGCCUGCUGAACUAAGGUCGUUAGAUUCGAGACUGAAAUUUAAGAACAAAUUGCGAGAUUAUUUUAGUUAAAUUCUAUCUAAACGUGGUUAUAGGUAUCUUUUUCAGAGUAUUUUUAUUUAAUUUUUAAUUUUUUCAUUUUAUUGUAUGCUUUUCUAGACCUUAAGAUCAAUGAUUAUAUCUUGUUAAAUUUUAUUUUAUUUAUUUAUUUAUUAUUUUUGACAGGACCCCAAGGACAACAGUGUUACACACUGAUGGGUUUCAAUCCUGUAUAAAAAUUCGUUAUUAUUAUUAUUAUUAUUAUUAUUAUAGGAGAAGGGUCAUCACUGACUGUGAUUCUCAUAUGGUAUUCAAGCAUACAAUCGUGUUGAUUGUAUUUUGAGUGUUCUUUUUUGUCAUUUACAAUUGUUUUUAGAGUCCACAGACAAGAAACAAAAGGUUGAAUAUCGAAGAAUGGUUAUUGAUGAGUCAGGAGAUGGAGAAUUCGUCGAGAAAUCAAAGAAUAAGGAACUGAAAGCUAGAAAGCGUCGAGAGGUCGCGGAGCCAUGGGACGAAAGCUUUGACGGACCUAAGAAAAUGGCUUCAAGGGCAGCUCCAGUGGAAACGACAUCGAAGCGUAACGUUAUUCCAGUAUCACUAGGUGAUACUGAAGAUGACUUGAGCAUGCUAAAUGAUGCAUCGGGUGAAGAUACCAUGCUUGAAGCCAAACGAAGCCAAACUUUUCAGCCAUUGACGUCAGACGAAAGCUCAAACGCAGCUGAAUCCGGCGAGGGUGCUGAUACUGCCAUUGAAUCUGGUGACAGGGAUGUCUCUGAAGAGCAAUCCGGGUUUGAAAACCAGGCAGCUGACGAGCCGGAAGAGACGGGCGAGUCUGUUCAGUCUGGGAACACAGACCAAGGAGAGGAAUCUGGAGAAGAGGCAGAUGAGGAGGAGAGCCAGGAGACAAGUUAGUUGAAAUCAUUAGAGAUAUUUAAAUAUGGACAUCUUAACGUCACCUGGGCACGCUCAUUCCAAUAUAAACUUUCAACACAGUUUAGUUUUCAAGUGACUGCUGAUAAAAAAUUUGUAAUCACGUGUUAUUGUCCAUACACUUGACCUUGGCGUAUUUUGGGAAUAAAGCAAAUGUCAAAGUAUUACAGAGCUCCUAAGUUAAUCGCUAUCGCAUGUAUCACUGAUUUCCAUGACUAUGGUGUUAAGCAUUACGGAUUAUAGAAUGCUAUAUUUUGUUUUUCUCACAGAUUCUGCACGUGUUGUAAGGGUAGUUGAAAAUGAGCAUGAUGAUGUCACUUUGUCCCGUCAUCGUAGAGAACUGCCGGAGGUUUUGGAUGAAGAAGAUAAACCAAAGGCAAGAUCGAAGGUGAGAAGUUUUAUAGAUACUGGUAUUCACACGAUUGUGGAAUGUCAAGAGAUUUGAUAAGACACGUAUCGGUGAAUCAGUUCUUGUCAUUUUAUUUUGAUGGGAACCCUCUAAAAACUGAAUUCCUUCCUAAGAAGACAGUUGGUCCCACUUUUUCACAAAUUACUCACAAGAUGAGAGAACUUCAACGACCUAAUGUUGAGUCAUUUUUCGACUUGAAAAAAACAAAUACGGAAGCUGUUUAAAAUUAAUUUGGCAAAGAAGCAACAUGAAUGAAUGAGAUUAAAACGAAUUGCAAAAAAGGGUCGAGUUCGGGGAUUUUAAGCGAAAGAAACAGCUUUCGAUCUAAAUCCCUUUCUGACCUGUCUACCUCUCUAAAGGGAUCUGUUGGUGUGGAGCCCAGUCUUGGGCUGCACUCAAACUGUACUGGUCGGAAUAACUCCUUUGUUUCCUUGUAAUAAGCCUUUUACAUCUGUGUUUUAGAGACAAGAUUUCAUACUGAAUGACAAAAAUAUCAAUAAGAUGCAGGACCAAGUAACUCAAGGUACAAUGAAAGUUAAUCAGUUGUUCAUACUUGAAUCCAAAGUGACGAUGUUAAUUAUUGCUACAACAUUUUUAAAGAAUUAAGAAAUAAUAAAUAUCUGCUGUUUCCAGUAUUGGGUUCUUUGCCGAACUGACAGCUUUGGCAGAGCUUGUAUUUGUAUCUUUAUUUUUGAUAAUAAUGGUUACAAUGCAGUCAGUAGUUGUUGCGUUUUCCACCUUACAAGUUGCACUGGUUACUAUUAAUGUUCAUCAUUGAUUCGUUUGUCUCUCCUUUCCCUUCAUAUCGAUGUCUUUGACUGAUGAAUUAAGCCACAAGUCUAACUUUGCUUUCCACGUCUGACUUUGUUUUCCAAAUUUAUUACGAGUUGACCUUUUCCCUUCGUUUCAGGAGUGGACAAUAUAAUGGGCCUGAUAGUAGAUAUAUAUCAGUCGAAGAGGACCCUGGCGAGAUUGGGACAAGUUGUUAGCCAAUUGAAACAAAAUGUGAUGCAACAAAUGGAUGUGCCAGUUGGACAGAGAGAUCAAGCAAGGAACAAACUCAGAAAUACUGUUCGACACACACUAGUGCAGAAAAUUAACGGUGAGAACUGACCAAUCCAAUUGAAAUAUUCUGAUUGGUCUGUAAUCUUUGGUCUUCAUGAGACAUUUGUUAGUGAAGGCAAAGUGUUUGCUCCAACCGAAGGCUAAAGCUCGAACUGUCAACUUUUUGAAAAUUUUCAAGGCCUUUUAUCAACCUCCAGUGUCAGCUUUUUGAAAUCUGUCAAGGACUUUUAUCAACCUCCUGUAUCAGCUUUUGGUUGAUAAUCAACGUAAUAAGGGACGUGCCGGUCAUUAUUUAUUUACUCGGGGUGGGGAGGGUGGGAAGAGGGUUGGAGAGUUUGGUUGUGUCACGAUCAUUGAAUUUUAUCUGAUCCCCCUAUAACACUCCUCAAUAUUCUCAUGAAACCCCUCCCCCUCACUGGCAGCUAAUCGGCAGUAAAUUUUGUCUGGUUCUUUUUUGCAUACUCCGUUUGGCAACGACUGAUCCUCCCUUAGCAUCCUGCCUCCCUCCCCCCUGAAAACCAUAGCAUCCCACCCAAAAUCCUCCUUUAUCAAUUUUAACUGGUUCCUAAAUCAGACUGUGUUUUCUGCACUCGACAUCUUGGUAUAUUUUAGCCACAGCUAUCUCUUAAUGAUUUGGUUUUAGUAUUGUGUCGCGUAAGGGGUCAGCCCAACGAAUCCUGUAUUUCAAAUUUACAUUACCCAUACUAUUUGACUAUCUUCAGAGCUUGCUCAGUCAAUUCGCCAAGAAGUUGAAGAUUAUAAACAAAGUCACCAGGCAGUUAGUCAACAAGCUAAGGAGGCCAUCUCAGCUCUCUUGGACAUUCCCGUUUUCCAAGAUAAAGUUACCAGCUUAAAAAGCACAAUCAAGAAAAGAGCUGCAGAUAUUGAGAAAGAAUAUAAGAAAGCCAAAAGAGGCAGCGAAGAACUUCCAAGUAUUUUAAAAGAACACUUCAAGAGAAAUGCUCCAGCUGAUAUAAAAGGGGAAAAGAGGCUUUCACGUUCCCACAGAGAUUUGAAUCUAUAAAAACUACUCAAACACAGUUACAGCGGUGACACUUCAAUGCACAUAAAUCGAGUGCUUCCUGUAAUAAAUCACGAUGAAUGAUCUGUGAUGCAAUUUGGGAGUGUUAAGCGUGGGAAUGAAAUCUUAAAAGAUAGAUACUUUGUAACAUUAGACGAACAUGUAGACAACUACAUGAGAAUUUUACAUGAGAAAGAAUCACAAGGUUUAAUUCAGAUUUUUUGGGGAAGGUCACCUCGUGACUUCAUCAAGACAUCACACCAGUUUCUUAUCUUUAACUGUAAAGUAUGUAAUAGCUCUUAUUUUAUGAAAACGUUUGUUCAAAUAUUUUUUUCCUUUAGCGUAGUACUAUUUCUGCACUGUUAUCCUCGAAGGAUCUGAUAAUGAAACACGUAGAAAAUUGAUCACCAAUGCAUGUGGAAAUUUCAUCGCCUCACCUUAAGGGUUCUAAGCUAGGGGUGUUUAUUUAAAAGUGCGAACACUAGUGUUUACUACUACAAAACUGUUCCGUCGUUUUUCAAAUUUACUUUUUAUUAAUUAUGAUAUUCAUCAUAUAAUGGAAACUCCACUAUAUUGCCUGGGGUGCCAAGACAACACUGUGCCACGGAGACGGUUUUACGGAGCUUGCAAGAGACGUUUAUGCACCCGUGUCUGACUUUAAACCCCCUCCGCCCCCCGUCCCUUUCCAUUGCUAGGUAGACCUCAAGUCCGUCUAUCAUCAUUUUAUUUUAGCAAUUUACUAUCCAGUAGGUGAAACAGAACUUUAGGCAAUUGCUUUCUUUCUACCCGUGGUAACAGCCACCUCGAAGAGUUCACUUUUACCAGGUAAAAUGUAUUGGGUGAUGUUUGUCUUUAGAAUAUCACAACAUCUACGUAAGAUAUUAUUUUCAUCGGUCUGUUGACUUGUGAUGUAUUGUAUUGUCAGCAUAAAAGUCGAUAACACAGCUUAUUAUCUUUUCCUUGACAAUUUUAUUGAAGUAGGAUAAUCGAAAACGUAUCUAGCAAGACACAAAUUCCACAAAGUUGUUUUGCUUAGAAAUUGUACAGCCUUGAUUUCUUGCUGAAAAUUUCAACUUAUACUAUAGCAAAAAACUAAAAUUAUUUUAUCUCAUCAAAAGGUUCGUAAAAUUUUACAAUGCAUGCAAAUAAUUUAUCUCUCAAUUUUUCAAGGAAGCAAAACUCUAAACUUAGCGAGGUC